GGAGCCGCCGCGCAGGCGCAGUCUCCCUCAGCUCCUCCCCCUCCGCCGCCUAUAAAUCCUCCGCUCACCUGGCUGCAGUUUCCCCCGGCUGUGACUCCUGUACCUGUGUAUCUCACCGCAAGACAACAUGCCUGAAUACACCAUCAUUUAUUUUGAUGUCCGAGGUCGUUGUGAAGCUAUGCGGAUGCUCAUGGCUGACCAGGGAGCUCAAUGGAAGGAGGAAGUUGUAACGUCUGCUGACUGGCAGAAGGGGGAUCUGAAGAAAGCGGCAGUGUAUGGCCAACUUCCAGGAUUUAAAGAUGGAGACUUCACGCUGUAUCAGUCCAAUGCCAUUUUGCGCCUUCUUGCAAGGAAUCAUGAUCUGUAUGGGAAAAAUCCUCAUGAGGCAAGCCUCAUAGACAUGGUUAAUGACGGAGUGGAAGAUCUUCGGCUGAAGUAUUUGAAGAUGAUCUAUCAGAACUAUGAGAAUGGAAAAGAUGAUUACGUUAAGGCUCUGCCCACUGACCUUGGUCACUUUGAACGUCUGCUUUCCUCUAAUAAUGAGGGGAAGGGGUUUGUAGUAGGAGCUCAUAUUUCCUUUGCCGAUUACAACCUGGUGGAUCUUCUGCACAACCAUCUUGUUCUGGCACCAGACUGCCUUUCAGGCUUCCCACUCCUCUGUGCCUACGUCAAACGCAUUAGUAGCCGUCCCAAGCUUGAAGCAUAUCUCUCCAGUGAUGCCCACAAGAAGAGACCAAUCAAUGGAAAUGGCAAGCAGUGAGCAUUGAGGAAAGUGGAAAAGGUUAUGAAUCCAGACUACAAUAAAACCGUGAAGUCAGAAUCUAGUAAUGUAUGUAGAUGUGCCUACUGCCAGUCUCUCCCUCAUGUUGCCUAAAGAGAAUUUUAUUGGCACCUAAUAGUUUUACCAUCCAUGUAACUGUAGGUUGUUACUAGAUAUGAGCUGUGAAUAGUUAUUACUGGAUUGUUGGAAAAUAAAAUAUUUUGAAAGGUG